GAGUGAGAAACACUGAAACAUUCGUAUCUCUCUCCCUCUGUUUCUCUCUCCAUCAACCACUGUUCCUGAAACCCCAGCCUACGGUUUUCGAGUUCCAUAGCCGACAUUGCCUCAAAUUCAAAAAUAGAUCACUGAAUCUAAAGCUCUGUUUCGAGGAUCUUGAUGGUGCAUGUCAAGUGAUUGAAGGUCUUCAAAGGAGUUGAUAAAUUAUGUAAGAAUAUUGCUUAUGUGUGAUCAAAGAAAGCUCUGGAAUGCAUCUGCUGCAUUUAUAUCUAAUUCUAUACAUCAAAAUAAGUUUCUCAAAAAAGGAAUAAUUUGGAUUUGAUAAGGCUGUAUUCGACCAUUAUGCCUUGAAUCAUCCCCCAGUAGCCAAGUGAUGGGUUCAUUUUCCGGCAUAUGUGAAAUCGUAGAAGCAAAGGAAGAGCUGAAUUCAGUUCAAAAUUCCAAUGGAAUUCAUCAAGCAAUAUCACAAGACAAAAGUCGAAAGUCUCCUUUUCUGAAAUUGGGUUCUGAUGAUUCUCUAGAAGAUGAUAUCAAUAACCUUUUUAAGGCAAUUAACAUCAAAACUUCAUCCAAGGCUUUGAGUUUGUCUGACCAAGCAGUCACAGGCCCCACAAGGAAAAAUGCAUUAAAGAAACCAAUUGGGGUGGGUUUGCCUCGCUCACCAGGAUUUGGUUCCUUGGAACCAGUGUCGCUGAAGCAGGCACUAAGGGGGCUAUGUAUUUCCCAGGCAUCAGAAAUGGCUGCCAUGAAACGGUUAUCAAAGGCAGCAUGUUCUCCUAGGGUCUCAGAAGCAGGUAAGAUCGCAAGUUUGUACAGGUCCGUUGUAGUUGAAGCUGGUGAAUCUAGUGGUUCUCUAAAUGAAGUUAACAGGGGAGGGCUUGGAAUAUCUCUCAUGCCAAAAGAAAGUACAUCAAAAUCCUCCGAAAAAAUACCUCAGUACCUGUUAGCACCCAAGAUGAAGUCAUCCAACCAAAGUGCCCAUUCUUCUCCAAGAUUUGCAGGGUCUGCUCUAAUGAAGAAUGAAAUUACACCUGUAACAAGAGAAGUUUGGAGUCAAACAUCGAAGACAAAAUCAGCACAGGACAAAAAACAUGCAACAAGUCCUAUAUCUUGCCAAAAUAGUGGUGAUUACAUACUAGUGCCCAGGAUGAAAAUGUCAAAUCGAAGUGCCAAUUCUUCUCCUCGGUUUGCUUUGGCAACAACAGAUAACAGUACAAGGUCAACAUUGAGAAAAAAUGAGGUAUCUACAUCAACAAAAGUUUCAAGUUCAACACCAUCAGAGCUGUUGCAUGAGGAAAAGCAUUUGGGGAUUUCUUCUCUUUCUUAUCGUAGUACUGGUGGUACAGCAGAGCUACGUAAUAUUCCUGCCUCAGCUAGGUUAGGGAACAAGGUCCCAGCAACAAAGUUAAGACAGAAAGGCAGGCUGCAGUCUUUACCUUCUUCAUCUAAUGCAAUCAAGAGCAACAAGGGAAGCAAGUCAACAAGAAAUGCUCCAGAUUUGGCCAAGCCAGGCAAGAACAAACCGAUUGUUAAGAAUAAUUUAAAGAAGGAUUCAACUUCUGCUGGCUCCACUUCUAAUACCAAUAAUGAAAUUACUAGUCCCUUGGAUCUUGCCAAUGGCCAAUUACUUUGCCAGAGAUGCCAUUGUACUUUGACAAACAUGAGGAACGAGACCAAUAGAGAUCCUCCAGCGUCCAACUGUGCAAGUGUCUGUGCUGAGGUCAGCUCAAGUAAUAUGAACUCUGGUGCCAGUAAACCAGAGCUUGCUUCAAAUAACUCUAGCAAAAGCAGAGCUAUGGUUGAAAAACCUAACAAGAACUCAAAAACUGGGGAAAAGGGACAUUUCUCUCAAAGUUCAAAAAGUAGCCUUGGAGAGUAUAGUAGUAGCACUAGCAUCAGUGAGGAGAGCAACCUAACUGGGUCUAGUUGUGGCAACAGACCUCACAUGUCAAAGGACUUGAGGUGGGAAGCCAUCCAUCACGUUAGGAAACAUGAUGGAUUCAUAGGUUUGAGACAUUUCAAUCUGUUAAAGAAGCUUGGUUUUGGAGAUAUUGGCACAGUAUAUCUCGCUGAACUAAUUGGAACGAACUGCUUAUUUGCCAUAAAGGUCAUGGACAAUGAGUUUUUGGCUAGGAGAAAGAAGAUGUCAAGGGCCCAAACUGAAAGAGAAAUACUGAGAAUUCUGGAUCAUCCUUUUCUCCCAACGCUAUUUGUACAGUUUACAUCAGAUAACUUAUCAUGCUUAGUUAUGGAGUACUGUCCAGGUGGAGAUCUGCACGUCCUCCGGCAGAAGCAGCCUGGAAGAUAUUUUCAUGAACAAACGGCAAGGUUUUAUGUAGCAGAAGUCCUCCUUGCUUUGGAGUAUUUGCAUAUGCUUGGAGUUAUCUAUCGCGAUUUGAAACCAGAAAACAUUCUGGUCCGAGAAGAUGGUCACAUCAUGCUUACAGAUUUUGACCUGUCGCUUAGGUGCACUGUAAGCCCAACGCUUCUGAAAUCAUCUUCAUUGAGUAUGGAUCCCCCAAAGAUGUCAGGUCCAUGCACAGGGUCCAGCUGCAUCGAUCCUUUCUGCAUGGAACCAUCCUAUCAAGUUGCAUGCUUCAGCCCUAGGCUUUUACCUGCCGCUGCAAAAGCAAGGAAAGUAAAAGCCGAACAUGCAGCCAAGGUCAGAUCAUUGCCACAGCUUGUGGCUGAGCCGACAGAUGCUCGAUCUAACUCCUUUGUUGGGACCCAUGAGUACUUGGCUCCUGAGAUCAUCAAAGGAGAGGGUCAUGGGAGUGCUGUUGAUUGGUGGACGUUUGGUAUCUUUCUUUAUGAGCUUUUAUAUGGUAGAACACCCUUUAAAGGUUCUGGGAACGAAGAGACGUUAGCUAAUGUGGUGUUGCAGACACUCAUGUUUCCAGAAAGCCCACUGGUUAGUUUCCAGGCUAGGGAUCUCAUCCAAGGGCUGUUAGUAAAGGAGCCAGAGAAUCGGUUGGGAUCAGAGAGAGGGGCAGCUGAGAUCAAGCAACACCCCUUCUUUGAUGGCUUGAAUUGGGCGCUGAUACGUUGUGCCAUUCCACCUCAACUGCCUGAUUUCUGUGAUGUUGGAAUUGUAAAUGUGGCAUCUCAGGAGAUGUGGGGGAAGUAUCUGGAGUGUGGGGCUGCAGGGGAGCACCUAGACUUCGAGUUGUUCUAGGAAAAACGUCUACUUCAGGUAUUUACCUUCAUAUCCUCCCUUCUUGUAAGUUGUAACUGAUAUUUAGCCUAUAAUGUAAAUUUGGUAUGAAGAAUGUUGUGGGAGGGCUGUUGUGUACGAUAUCUGAAAAUUACAUUGGUCGCUAUGACCUUAAUAAAAUGUACUGAAAGAUUGGUCCAAUGA